CGUCGCAAGGAACUACAUCCGGGUCUGUUGUUGACCUUUCCUAUAUGAGCUGCGCUCGCGACCUCCAUUUCCUUCACUCAGCUCCUCGCGCUCCAGCCGGCCGCUGCAGGAGGAUACACACUUGAGCUCCCGCUAAACAAAUUAUCAAUAAUCAUGCUCUCCGUUCGCGUUGCGGCGGCUCUGGCCCGCACCUUGCCCAGACGUGCCGGAUUCGUUUCCAAGAAUGUUGCUGCUGCAUGUGUUGGAGCAAAGAACCUGCACACUGCCAGACCAUGGCUGCAGAAGACAGGCACAGCGGAGGUGUCCAGCAUUCUGGAGGAGAAGAUUCUUGGAGCCGAUACUAGUGCGGAUCUGGAGGAAACCGGCCGUGUGCUGUCCAUCGGUGACGGUAUCGCUCGUGUGUAUGGGCUGAGGAACGUGCAGGCCGAAGAGAUGGUGGAAUUCUCCUCUGGUCUGAAGGGAAUGUCUCUGAACUUGGAGCCUGAUAACGUUGGUGUUGUGGUGUUCGGUAAUGACAAACUCAUCAAGGAGGGUGACAUCGUCAAGAGAACAGGAGCUAUUGUGGAUGUUCCUGUUGGAGAGGAGCUGCUCGGCCGUGUUGUGGACGCUCUGGGAAACCCCAUUGAUGGCAAGGGACCCUUGGGCUGUAAGCAGCGUAGGCGUGUGGGUCUGAAGGCCCCUGGCAUCAUCCCUCGCAUCUCCGUGAGAGAGCCCAUGCAGACCGGCAUCAAAGCCGUGGACAGUCUGGUGCCCAUUGGCCGUGGCCAGAGAGAGCUGAUCAUUGGUGACAGACAGACUGGCAAAACCGCCAUUGCCAUUGACACCAUCAUCAACCAGAAGCGCUUCAAUGAAGGCACUGAAGAGAAAAAGAAGCUGUACUGCAUCUACGUGGCCAUCGGUCAGAAGAGAUCCACCGUGGCCCAGCUGGUGAAGAGGCUGACAGACACUGAUGCCAUGAAAUACACCAUCGUGGUGUCUGCUACCGCGUCUGACGCCGCUCCCCUGCAGUACCUGGCUCCAUACUCCGGCUGCUCCAUGGGCGAGUACUUCAGAGACAACGGCAAACACGCUCUGAUCAUCUAUGAUGAUCUCUCCAAACAGGCUGUUGCCUACCGUCAAAUGUCCCUGCUGCUGCGUCGUCCCCCCGGUCGUGAGGCCUACCCCGGUGAUGUGUUCUACCUGCACUCCCGUCUGCUGGAGAGAGCGGCUAAGAUGAACGACAACUUCGGUGGUGGAUCCCUCACCGCCCUGCCUGUUAUCGAGACCCAGGCCGGAGACGUGUCCGCUUACAUUCCCACCAAUGUCAUCUCCAUCACUGACGGACAGAUUUUCUUGGAGACUGAGUUGUUCUACAAGGGCAUCCGUCCCGCUAUCAACGUGGGUCUGUCCGUGUCCCGUGUCGGCUCUGCUGCCCAGACCAGGGCCAUGAAGCAGGUGGCUGGUACCAUGAAGCUGGAGUUGGCUCAGUAUCGUGAGGUGGCUGCUUUCGCCCAGUUCGGUUCUGAUCUGGAUGCCGCCACACAGCAGCUGCUCAACCGAGGCGUGCGACUCACAGAGCUGCUCAAGCAGGGCCAGUACUGUCCAAUGGCCAUUGAGGAGCAGGUGGCCGUCAUUUACGCUGGUGUGAGAGGACACUUGGAUAAGAUGGAGCCUAGCAAGAUCACCAAAUUUGAGAAAGCCUUCCUUCAACAUGUCCUCAGCCAGCACCAGGAUCUGCUCUCAUCCAUCAGGGUCGACGGUAAGAUUUCAGAGGCCUCUGACGCAAAACUCAAGCAGAUUGUGCUCAACUUCCUCUCAAGCUUUGAGUAGUUUGUUUCCUGUAUCGCUAAUGUUUUGUCAAUGUUUGCAUAGUGCUCAUGCUUAAAUUUAUACAAACCCUAAAGAAAUUCAAGUGGCACUUGAUCCUCAAUGUACAGAAAUCUCCUAACAGAGAAUAAAGUGUUCCCAACUCCA